ACAUCCUCCCACCCUGCUUCUCUUCCUCCUGGCUUCCUGGCAAGAGCUUCCAGCAAACUGAGCUGCUGCUCACUCCGGUCUGGCUUCACCCCCUGCACAGAGGAGGCAGGAUGCAACCCGGAUUUUGGCUGGCAAUCAGCACCCUGGGAGCAGUGCUGGGCACUGCCCUGCUGGAGAAUGGAGUGUGUCGGGCACCAGAUGGCAAGGAUGGCUUCCCUGGAGUCCCUGGACGUGACGGGAGGCCAGGGCAGAAGGGUGACAUGGGAGAGCCAGGGAAACCGGCGCCAAGGACGGGCAUCCAGGGACCCAAAGGGGAUGCAGGUGAGCCCGGGCUUCCUGGCAUCCCAGGGAACCGCGGCCUCCCUGGUCUCCCUGGCUUCCCUGGGAUGCCAGGGAUGCCAGGGCUCAAGGGGGAGAAGGGGAGACCCGGCAAUAUCCUGGAGCAGCCGCGCCCUGCCUUCUCCGCCCUGCGGAGGUCCCCGCCGUCCCUGGGCAGGACGGUGGUGUUCGACAGCAUCAUCACCAACCAGGAGGACUCCUACAGCCCCCAGACGGGGGAGUUCACGUGCCGCAUCCCGGGGCUCUACUACUUCGCCUACCAGGUGGUCUCCAGCGGUGACCUGUGCCUGAGCAUCAACAAGAACAGGGAGCAGGUCGUCAGCUUCUGCGACAACAACAGCGCCGGCAUCCUGCAGGUGAACUCGGGCAGCAGCGUCCUCAGCCUGGCCCAGGGCGACCGGGUGUUCGUGAGCACCGACCCCGCUCGGGGCAGCUCCACCUACAGCGGCUCCGAGGCAGACAGCAUCUUCAGCGGCUUCAUGCUCUUCCCACAGACAGGCUGAGGGGCCCCCCGGGGCACCGCGGGGUGUCUGUGUGCGUGGGUGACGCCCCUGUGGGUGUGGGAUGGUUUGAUGCCACAGCACACCGGGAUGGCCCCAAACUGAGGGUGCAGGUGGGUCCUGUGCUUCCACCAGUGCCACAACUGGCCGGGCUGGGGGUCACCACUGCAGCAACCUCUGUGCUGAGCCUGCCCUCUCCACCCUGGAGGCGUUGGACUCUCAUCCCUUUCCCUUCCUGGUCAUUGAUAUCCCACUCUGGAGCCAGCUGUGGCUCUUUGCUCCUGAGUGGGAACUCACUGCCUGCCGCUGCUUCUGCUACACUAACCACUGUAAAUGCCCUCCUGGCACUGGCACACAUUCUCUCACAUCCUCCCCAUCAGUAUAAAUAAAGCCUUCUUUUACCA